AUGUUCGAGUCUAUACGUUGGCUACAACAAAUUUACCAAAGAUUUCACUUAAGCCAUCUUCUUCCAUUUUUAAUUUUGAUCUCAUAUACAUUGCUUGGUGCUGCAGUUUUUCGUAGACUUGAAUUAGAACGUGAUUUACGUGAAAGAGAGUUAUUCCGUAAAAGCUAUUAUUAUGCAUAUGACCAAAUAACAAAACGAAUAUUGGAAUUACGCUGUGAAGACGAAGUAAUCAAAAAUGACCGGACCUUACAGGUAAAAUAUGCCGAAGAAGCCAUAACCUGGUUUCUUACUUAUCUUAACUUCACGACAAUUAUUCAAGAACGGAACGAUAGUAGCCCUUGGUCAUGGUAUGGCUCGAUGUUCUAUGCUGGGCAACUUUAUACUACCAUUGGUUAUGGAUUACCAGUAGCGAAGACUCUUGCUGGUCAAAUAGCUAGCAUAUUUUAUAUUAUGUUUGGUAUUCCAAUAUUUUUAAUUAUUCUCAAAAAUGUUGGCCGCUUAAUGUCACGAAGUUUUCGUAAAUGCUAUAAGCGAUUACGAAGUACGGGAAAAAAAUCCCGAGAAAGUUUGAAAAGGGUGCAAAGGUCAAUGAAGACAUUAUUUAAUCAUUCUUAUUUACCCUCUUCCAUAGGAAGUCUUCGUUCUAUAACAGAAAAUGAUAUAUUUGAUUUGGAUACUGAAGUUGGCACUCUCAUCCAUCAAAAAAAAAAUUUUGCUCACGAAAAUGCCUUUCCAAUUCCAAUUGCUUUAGCAGUACUAAUACUUUGGAUUGGUUUUUCGGCAGCUUUAUUUUGCUUGUAUGAAAGUGAAUGGGGAUACCUCACUUCUGUAUAUUUUUUCUUCGUUUCUAUUAGUACUGUUGGACUGGGUGAUAUUGUUCCUGGAAAUAAAGAUAUGAUGCUCGGUUAUUUUUUAUUAAUUCUCAUUGGACUUGCCUUGCUGUCUAUGUGCAUUAAUCUUAUACAAGUAGCUUUGGAAAAAAUUCUUGGGCAACUUUUGCAAGAAUAUAUCGAUGAGAUUGAACGUGUAGCAGCGAUUGCCAAAACUGAUUCUAACUUUGAAACCAAAACGUCACCAUUCGAAGUUGGAAUGACUGGCGGAUUAUUAAGCGCUCCAUUAGCAACUCAUCAGAAAAAAACUCAAAGUAUUCCAAGUCGGAUUAAAGCUUGGAUUGCGGAGCGAAUCGCAGAUAACAUCAUUGAAUCACAAUUAGUUGAAAGCGAUUCUGAUGCGGAAUCUAAAUCUGAUGUAUCAACUCCUUCUGCACUAAAUCUGCCAAAGCAACAACAUCAUUGCAAUCAGGAUGGAACACAAAUACUUAAAUCAAGUGAACACCACGUCCAAAACUUUUUCACUCGUUUAUCAAAGCACAUUCCAGCUAUUCGUACAGUUCAAGCUUUGGAAAAGGCUAACUUUUACACUACAAAUGAUGAUUUUCAUGAACCAGCGAAAGAUUGCGAUGGUGAUUACGUUUUUAAUUAAUU